AGUUGCUUCCUCCUGUCUUUUUGGGGUAGGUGAGUGGCUUUUUUCCUUCCGUCAUAGUACUUUGUUUGUUUGAUCAUUUGUUUACAGAGAGAGAGAGAGAGAGACAAUAAUAAAAGGGUCAAAAAAUGGGUGUUGGCUAUUCAUCAUCUUGUUCUCUCUCCCUCUCUCUCCCCUAUUCCCAUAUAAGUUGCUUUGCCUCCGCCACCGCCACCGCCACCACCACCACCACCCUUCUUUCUUCUCACAAAUCAACCCCAAACUCAUCCCUCAAUCCCCCCACUUCUAAAUUCCAUUAUCAAAAACCCACCUACACCACCAUGACUGCCCAAUCCUCAUCUUCACCACUAUUUUUGCCUAUCCAGUCUGGCAGAGUUGAAGAAAUCAAAACCCAAUACCACAAUUCUACAAAACCCAUCUCUGAUCUUCACAGUUUGGACCCGGAAUUGAUUCAGAGAUUGGUCUAUGAUUCUCUGGUUUGGAGUUCGCUUCAUGGGCUUGUUGUUGGAGACAAAAAUGUACAGAGAUCUGGAACAGUGCCUGGUGUGGGAAUGGUUCAUGCCCCAUUUGCCUUAUUGCCCAUGUCAUUCCCCGAAAGGCAAUGGAGACAAGCAUGUGAGUUGGCCCCCAUUUUCAAUGAGCUUGUUGAUCGUGUGAGCUUGGAUGCAAAUUUUUUACAGGAAUCACUCUCAAGAACAAAGAAAGCAGAUACUUUUACCUCCAGACUCUUGGAUAUCCAUUCCAAGAUGCUAGAAAGUGGCAAGAAAGAGGAAAUACGCUUGGGUUUACAUCGCUCUGAUUAUAUGCUUGACGAACAGACUAAGUUACUUCUCCAGAUAGAGCUCAACACAAUUUCAAGUUCAUUUCCUGGCCUCAGUUGUCUUGUCAGUGAGCUUCACAGGAGCAUAUUGAAUCAGUACAAGGAGCACCUUGGCUUAGAUUCCAGAAGGAUUCCUGGAAACACUGCUGUGAGUCAAUUUGCAGAGGCAUUGACCAAAGCUUGGAAGGAGUAUAAUAAUCCAAGGGCUGUAGUUAUGGUUGUGGUGCAACCUGAAGAACGCAAUAUGUAUGACCAACAUUGGCUUUGUUCUGUACUGAAGGAAAGACAUGAUGUUACAACUAUUCGAAAAACAUUGGCAGAAAUUGAUGCGCAAGGGGUGCUUCUACCAGAUGGAACCCUUCUCAUUGGUAAUCAAGUAAUUGCAGUCAUUUAUUUCAGAGCUGGGUAUGCGCCAAUUGAUUAUCCUUCAGAAUCAGAGUGGAGGGCUAGGGAAUUAAUGGAGCAGUCCUCUGCCGUCAAGUGCCCUUCAAUUUCCUAUCAUUUAACUGGCACGAAGAAGGUACAACAAGAGCUUGCAAAACCCAAUGUUCUUGAGAGGUUUCUUGAGAACAAAGAAGACAUUGCCAAACUCCGAAAAUGCUUUGCAGGAUUGUGGAGUUUAGAUGACUCAAAUACUGUUAAGGAUGCAAUUGAAAGACCUGAGUUUUAUGUUAUGAAACCGCAAAGAGAAGGCGGAGGGAACAAUAUCUAUGGAGAUGAUGUGAGGAAAACUUUACUCAGAUUGCAAGUGGAGGGUAGUGAAGAGGAUGCUGCCUACAUCCUCAUGCAGAGGAUUUUCCCAACUAUUGUUCCCACAUUUUUGAUGCGUGAUGGCAUUUGUCACAAAGAUCAUGCUAUCUCAGAACUUGGCAUAUAUAGUGCUUAUUUAAGAAACAAAGAGAACGUGAUUACGAAUGAGCAAUGUGGUUACUUGAUGCGGACAAAGGUUUCUUCGUCAAAUGAGGGAGGUGUUGCAGCUGGAUUUGCAGUUUUGGACAGUGUAUAUUUAACUUGAUGUGUGUUUAUUCAAGUGACUUUAAUCUAACCAUGUGUAAUUUCACCUGGCUUAGAUCCAAUAGUGAUUGAACCUGGUGCACAAGAUUGCCUCAUUUAGAUUUCUUUCUUUCUUUCUUUUCUCUUCCUUUGUUUUUCCUUUUAUUCCCUGGAGGUAGAGGUAGGCUUGAUCCCGGGGCUCGAAAGACAUGUCUUUUGUAGUAAAUUUGAUAGUGAGAUUUUCAAUAGAUGUCCAAAGGAAUCUUGGCAUUCUAUGUUA